CGUCCCUGGCCCCCCCUUGCGGCCGCGCCCAUGCCGCCGGCCACGGCGUGCGCCCCCCGCCCCUUGGACGCCCCCAUCCCGACCGCCCCCGAGAGGAGUGAGGUCGGCCGCUGUGGACCAGGGCUGCACCGAGACGGUGUUUUGGCGACUUCGUGGGCCGUCUCCGUGCUUCGACUUCGUUUUGCGGCAGAGGUGGGCGCCCUGGUCGCGGGCUUCCGGCGGGCUCUCGCCGCGCUGGUCGCCGCCGGGUUCUGCGCGAGCGCGUCCCUGGACGUGGACGAGGUGGCGGCCGACCUCUUCUCCGAGGGCGCGAGCCGCACGCUCGUCAUGAGCGGCCUGAUCGAGGGCGACCCGCUGGUGGACGCGCAGAUCCUCCUCUCGGAGGAGUCCUCGGCACCGACCACGCCCGACGCGUGCUGCGCGGCGCUGGACGCGUGGCUAUCGCGGGGCUCUGGCAGCGGGGCCACGGUGUCGCUGGACCGGGUGGCACGCUGGCGGGCUACGUGAACUCGCGGUGGCGGCGAAAGUCGGAGAAGGACGCGAUGGUCUACGUGCCGAAGCAGCUGCUGCUGCAGCUGACCCUGACCUCGUCGGCCCUCGCGGCGGCGGAGGCGGCGGUGGCGGCCGCGGAGGGGCCCGGCUGACGAGACGGCCGCCGCGGCCAGCGCGUCGCCACCGAAA